AAAAGAGAGAGAAAACACUAUGCCCCACCAGAGUUUACAAAGGCAAAGGAAAUAUAAAUAUAGCAAGAUGGAUAUGGCAGGUGAGGUGGAUUCUAAUCUUAUAUGGGAAGGAUUUCAGAAUCCUAGCAUAUCAGGCGAGUGGAAAGUAGUCUCAAACCCUAACAACCGAAAACACUUGAUUUUCUUGCUUUGGUAUCUUUGCCACCCCAAAAAGAUAGCAUACACAAUGAUGAAUCCUCUCCACACCAGUGAUCUUCUUUGUACUAGUCAAGUGAGAAAGAGUAGCAAACACUUGCUUGUUGGGGAGAAAGAAGAUUAUAAGCUUGCCAUGGAUGAAAACAAGAAAUGGAUGCAUAAGGAAACCGAAAGACAAAGAAGGCAAGAGAUGGCAAAACACUGCACCACCCUUAGAUCUCUUCUUCCUAUAGAAUAUAUUAAGGGAAAGCGCUCAAUCGCUGAUCAUGUGUAUGAGGCUAUGAAUUAUAUCAACCACCUACAAAAUAAGGUGAAGCAAUUGCAAGCAAAGAGAGAUGAGUUAGCAAAGGUGUCUAAUUUGAGUAAUGUUGGUCCUGAUGAGAAGGAAAGCUCUAGUACUACUAAUCAUCUUCCACCAUUGGUUUUUGUUCACCCUUUCCCUGGAGGCCUUGAGAUUAUGUGCAGUUACAGCUUCAAGAAAAGUGUGUUUCCUAUGUCAAGAGUGUUGGACAUUCUGCUUAAAGAAGGCCUUAACGUGGUUAGCACUACUUCCAUCAAAAGAGAUGGUAGAUUUGUACACACUAUUCAAUCAGAGGAUCCAUUUCACCCGAAUAUGAUUGCCACUGAUUACUCUGAACUGCAAAUAAAGCUUAUGGAGGCAGUAUCAUUUUCAAGUAACAACUGUACUAUAAAAUAUUUUGUGCAUGACACAAGAAUUUUGUUUAUGUUUUCUUUCUUCUGAGUAUUCAUAUAUAGUACAAUAAUAGUUACAAUUAUUUAACCAUUUGCAGGUUUGCAAGAGACUUUACCUGAACCUGAAAAUUGCUAAUAUGAGAAAAGUUUUAUUAUUACGUGAUGAUUCUGAUCGCAUGUACUAUUAACUUGAGUGAUUUGUACAGCAGUGUACUUGUUAUUUAUAUAUGCCACAAUUGUUGGUGCAGUACAAAGGGUAGUUAAUUAAUUGAUGAUUCAAUUUCUUAGUACUCCUCGAGGUCUUUGAUCUUUUUCGAAGUGAGACCGAAGUCAUGGAUAAUCAUAGUGAUGUUCAAUGCUUUGUGUACGUUUCUGCAUUUAAUUAACUUUUGUGCACAUUACUUGUUUUUCAAUAACCACAUCAUAAAAUUU